AAAAAAAAAAAAAAAAAAAAAAAAAAAAAAAAAGACGUACCCGUGCACAGGACAUACAGUACAAGGGAUUGGGAAGCAGUGCUCGGUUUGAGCCGCAGCUGCUGUCUGGCUUAAAUCCCUGUGUGCACCCUGGGCCCUUCAAUAGACCCCGCUGCAAAAGACAACCUACGCAUGCCACUCGGCCAGCCCAUCUCGCCGGUAGCAGCAAGAAUAGGUCAACGUAAAUUAACUGGUGGGUUAUAGAUUCAAGGAUGCGGUGUAGGUGCCGUUGCUCCACUGACGAAGUCGUGUUUCGAGUAGGUAGCCAGAGCCGCACCUGGGGAUCGUGACGCGUCUUGGAUAGCCUUUGUAGAAGGGUUGAACUCGUCGGCACAAUUUCGCAGUCUACACACCGGGGUAACAAAGAGCGGAGUCGUUGUGAGCAUGGAGCCAAAUGCUUCAGAGAGAAUUCCGCAGCUCAAAAACAUCGCCCCAGCCAUCUUUGUGCCACUCCAAGACGACAUCUUCCUGGCAGAACCGCCGCGGGACCGGGCCGAGCGCCUAAAGAGGAUCCUUGAGACCAUUGAUUACCAGCGGGAGGGCGUCAAGGAGAACCUCCUCUACAUGUUCGAACGGGAGAAGAAGCGGGUUGUGCAACAGGCCGCCGAACUGGAGCAAGCACAAGGACCGUCCGCAAUCAAGCCGAGUCUAGCCCCGGCUGAGGUGGACGAAAUUAUCGCCAAUAUGGAGGCGCCGGGGUCGGGUCGCAUCGAAGACUACAUGAUUCGAGACGUUCCCAGAUUAGACAGCAGCAAGCCGGUAGCUCCCAACACGUCACUCCGGGACAAAACCGUCACGGAACUGCUCGCCAUGAUCGAGGCGGCAGUGGCGGAUUUGGAGGGAUUCGAGAGGCACAUGGCAGGCAUCAAGAACUGGUACCUUGCAUGUCUUGAGCAGGAGAUGGCGAGACUGGAUCAGGCCGGAAAGCGUCCCGAGGAGAGGUGAGGAGAGGUCAGGAGCCGCCCGGGGGGGGGGGGGGAUGAAGGCAGAAAGAGGGGAGUUCCGUCGACGGACAGACAAGGUUGGUUCUUAAUUAUUACAUAGUAUACUUUGUUCUGGUAGAAUGUGGCAACC